CACUUAAAAUCUCAGCUACCACAGUUUUCUUCUGACAAAGGGUGUCGACCUGCCUUCCAGUUCCUGUAUAAACGGCAUCACCACAGAUAUUGCUGUCAUCACUAUUCCAACAAUUUCUCUAUCUUCUGUUCUCCACUCUUCUCUAGCUACCUGGAUAGUUACUUUUACUCAUGGAGAACACGACAGACUCGAAACCCCAUUUAGUAUUGUUAGCCAGCCUUGGAAUAGGCCACCUAAUCCCCAUUCUCGAACUCGGCAAACGACUAUUCACACAUCACAACUUUGACAUCACCAUAUUUGUUGUUGUUUCUCAUUCUUCAGCAGCAGAAUCCCAAGUUCUCCAAUCAGCCAUGACUCCAAAACUCUGUGAAAUCGUUGAACUUCCACCGGUUGAUAUCUCUAGACUUGUCAGUCCUGAUGCUGCUGUUGUUACUCGGAUUUGCGUUACCAUGCGUGAAAUCAAGCCAGCUCUUCGGUCUGCUAUAUCUGCUUUAUCAUUUCGUCCUGCGGCCUUGAUUGUUGACUUAUUUGGAAGCCAAGCUAUGAUGGUGGCUGAUGAGUUUGAAAUGCUCAAGUAUGUAUAUAUUCCUUCGAAUGCAUGGUUUCUAGCGCUAACCAUAUAUAUGCCAAUACUUGAUGAGGUUGUGCAAGGAGAAUAUCUUGAUCAAAAGGAGCCAUUGAAAAUUCCUGGAUGCAAAGCGGUCCAACCGGAAGAUGUGGUUGACCCCAUGUUAGACCGCACCGAUCAACAGUAUUUGGAGUACGUUCGCAUGGCGAUGGAGAUCCCAACAUGUGAUGGGAUUUUGCUGAACAUAUGGGAAGACCUGGAACCCAAAACAUUGGAAGCAUUGAGAGACGAGGAGCUCUUGGGUCAGCUUUGUAAGGCUCCGGUUUACCCGGUUGGACCAUUAACGAGGCCGCCCAAACCACUUGAUUCUAGGAGUGGUGAGUUAUUUAUUUGGUUAGAUAAGCAACCCGGUGAAUCUGUCAUCUAUGUAUCAUUUGGAAGUGGUGGAACUCUGUCCUUGGAGCAAACGGUCGAGCUAGCUUGGGGUCUUGAGCUAAGUCAACAAAGAUUUAUUUGGGUGGUACGCUCACCUUCAAGAAAAAAAGGAGACGGGUCAUUUUUCAGUGCAGGGAGCGGUGAGGCUAGCAGCAUGGCAAGCUGCUUUCCUGAAGGUUUCCUAGAUCGAAUUCAAGAAGUGGGUUUGGUGAUUCAAGAUUGGGCUCCUCAAGUGGACAUCUUGAACCACCCAUCAGUGGGAGGGUUUAUAUCUCAUUGUGGAUGGAAUUCGACUCUGGAGAGCAUCACGAAUGGAGUGCCUAUGAUUGCAUGGCCACUAUACUCCGAGCAACGGAUGAAUGCUGCUUUGCUAACCGAAGAGCUUGGUGUAGCCGUGCGACCAAGCAUUUUGGCAUCAGAAGGAAUGGUAGGAAGGGAAGAGAUAGAGAUGAUGAUUAGAAAAAUCACGGUAGAUAAAGAAGCGACUAACAUAAAAAACAGGGUAAAAAAACUCAAAUACAGUGCAGCAGAGACCAUAAGCAAGGGUGGUUCCUCUCAUAAUGCGUUGUCUCUUGUGGCCAAACAGUGUGAGCUAAGCUGGAAAAGCAUGGAGUUGAAAGCAUCGUGAAAUGCUUGAUAUUUUGUUGUAUUUCCUUUCAUGUGUGCUAGCACAUAUUCUCUUUAGAUUGUUCUAGACAGAGGAAGAUGGCCUUGAGAAAGACGGGAAGGAGAGACGCUCUCUCCACAGGGUAUGGUUGGAUGAGAUUUACUUCUCUCCGCCUGGUGUGUAGUUGGAUAAGAUUUAGC